AUGCCAUCAUACCUCGUAGUCGGUGCUUCUCGCGGAUUGGGCCUCGAAUACAUUCGCCAGCUUGCCAAACGGCCUGAUGCCGUGGUUAUCGCUCUCGUCCGCAACCCGGCCAAAUCGACCCAUCUUACUUCUGCCAUUGCGGGUCUCAAGAACGUCCAUCUUGCGUCGAGGCAGGUGGCAGAAAUUACCGGCGGGACGUUGGACUACCUGAUCCACAAUGCUGCUAGGAUGAACCCAGCUACUAUCUAUAACGGAUUUGACGACUACCCUGAUGUGGAACAACUUGACUCCGAUUUCGUCGAAGCGUUCAAGGCCAACGGGCUUGGUCCUGUACACAGCAUCAAGGCAUUCCUACCCCUUCUCCGCGCAUCCUCUACCAAGAAGAUCGUCGUCAUCGGCACAGAGGCCUCUCAACCUGACUUCGUUCGGAGCUUCGAUUUCGCUCUCGCAGUGGCGUAUGGGGUGACGAAGGCCGCGGGCCUCCUCGCGACCACGAAGUAUGCGGUCCAGCUCAAGGAUGAAGGCUUUGUCGUCGCCAGUCUCCACCCCGGGCUAGUAGACACGUCUGCCACUGGUGUCGCCGGUGCUAGUCAAGCCUUUUCGGCCUUUCUAAACAAAACGAUCUCGUCUGGCAUUCCCAUUCAGAUUCUGACGCCCGAGCAAUCAGUCGUAGCUCAGCUGAAGGUCAUCGAUGCGCUUUCGCCUUCCGAUAAUGGCUUGUUCCUGAACUACACGGGUGGAGAGUGGAGGCUAGGCUAA